AUGAAGACCAACACUAUCCUUUCCUUGUUGGGUCUUUCCAGCAGCGCCUUGGGCGCCGCUGUGAGCAAGAGCCACCAAGAGCCCUAUGGCUACAAGUCCGGCUCGAAGGAGUCUGUUGCCAACAUGAAGGACAAGAUCGAGAAUGUGGUUUGGAUCAUUCUUGAGAACCGUGGAUUUGACAACAUCCUCGGUGGAGUCAAGAAAGAAGGCUUGGACAACGUUGUCAACAACGGUCCUUUCUGGAAUCCCGAGAGUGUUAAUGACACCAACAGCAAGAAGUGGUACAGUCAGUACAAAGAUUAUGAUUCGGUCAUCCAUGACCCUGAUCAUACAGUCACUGGUGUCAACUUCGAACUCUAUGGCACCUACCAUCCUGACAACGAGGCUAUUUCCAACGGUACUUUGAAGCCGAACUUGGAAGGCUUUGUCAACCGUCAGAUGCAGGCAUAUCCCAGUAUCUCAGCCCAGCGAGCCACUGAUGAGGUCAUGGGAUACUAUUCGGAAGAUGAGAUCCCAACUCUUGUUGAUCUGGUCGACGAGUUCACAACGUUCAACUAUUGGCACUCCUGUGUUCCUGGUCCUACCAACCCGAACCGUCUUUGUGCGGUCUCCGGUACAGCUGAUGGCCAUGGCAAGAAUGACGAGAGCUUCGAUGUUUCCGGUGUUGACACGACCAGCAUCUUCCAGGUCGCCUCAGAGAAGGGCAUCUCGUGGCGCAACUAUGAUGGCACGAACGGCGACUUCCUGCCCGAUUCCAUGUUCUUCAACUGGACAGCACAGAACGCCAAGAGCAAUAUCGUUCCCCUAGAAAACUUCUACCAAGAUGCCUACCUCGGUCUUCUACCGCAGCUGUCAUACAUCAACCCAUCCUGCUGUGGGCUGAACACCAACUCCAUGCACCCAUCCGGCAACGUUUCCUUUGGCCAGGUCCUCCUGAAACAGGUCUAUGAUGCUGUCCGCACAGGCCCACAGUGGGACAAGACUCUUCUUCUCAUCACCUUUGACGAGACAGGUGGAUUCUUCGAUCAUGUCGCUCCCCCUCUCGCCGUGCGCCCAGAUAACAAGACUUAUACCGAGACUGCUGCCGAUGGCAUUGAGUACACGCUGAACUUCGAUCGCUUGGGUGGUCGCAUGCCCACCUGGUUGGUCUCUCCCUAUGCUCCUCGUGGCCACAUUGAGAAUUAUGGAACCGAUCCCGUCACCGGGGAGUCGUCCUCUUACAGUGCGACCUCAGUGCUGAAGACACUCGGCUACUUGUGGGAUUUGGAAGAUAUGAGCCCUCGUGUGCAGCACUCGCCUGCCUUUGAUCAUCUUAUCGGCCCUAAGGCGCGUUCUGCACCCGGUGUGCUUAAGAACCCCCAUACUUUCCCUGAUGCUAUUUGA